AAUGUUUUCGAUGUAACAUGUACAAUUUUUUCUUUUUAUUGAAAUGUAACAUGUACAAUUGAGUGAAGGUUAACACUACCUGUAUCAUCCUAGGUUAGGGAUGACAAUUUCGACCUGACCCGUUUUACCCGAGCUGUUUGACCUGAUUUGGGGCGGGUAUGGGUACCUCUCAUCGACCUGACCUGCCCCGACCCGCCUCAUUCUUGACCUGUUCUUGUCUAAAUGACAUGUAAUCUUAGUAAAAUUAUUUAGAACUUUCCUCUUAUUAUCUCAUAUUUUAGCUAUAAUAAACUUGUAAAUAAGUGAAAACCUUAAUUUCUCCAAUAAUAUAACUACAUUUCAUCAUAUUAUGGUUUCUUUCUUGGCCUUUUUAAUGAAAAUAACGAAUAUUUCUAAUAUUUUUCACAUAAAUUAGAUACCCAUUGGGUCGACCUGCCCCGACCUGCGCCCCGUAAUAAAUUACCCGACCUGAACCCGACCUGCCACAGAACGAGUAUGGGUAUCGAGAUACCCGCCCCGGACUUGCCCAUUGCCAUUCCUAUCCUAGGUCUCUCUUAUCUUAUGUAUAAUAAUUGUUUGUAAAAGCCGCCGGGAAGAGUAACUAAUCUUAGUAUCUGACUCCAUAGUUGGCCGGCAGAGAAGCAGAGAUGCCGCCGGGAAAUUCUCCGGGGCCAUUUUCGAAUCACUAGUCAGUAUAUCGUGAUAAUAUAGUCAAUUUGUCGCGUUUCGAAUUGGAGUUCCGAAACGUGUCGGGUUUCCCGUUUCUCCCCCACUGAAACUGGUUUUUCGGUUGGUUCUCCUUCCCCAGCUGGCAGCAGGUAGAGGAAGCGAGGAGGUGAGUAAACAAAGAUGACGCUUAUGUACAGAUAUUUUAUAUGGCUUGCAAAGCAGGAAGCAGAAAAUCUCGAGAGCAACGCACCAGAAAGAAUUUUUUCCUUCGAGGACGAUAGAAUCAAAGGCGCGCGAGCGCGAGAGAGUCGCAGCCGGCAAUUGAAAGACGAAGUGAACAAACGAGGGUAAACCGGAGAUCCAACUGGGCGACGGCGAGCUCGGUCUAGGUAUAGUCCUUUUGCUCUGUUCGAAAUGAAUAUGAUUUUCAUUUCUUAGCUGAGUUUCGGCCCUUUAGCGAAGGAAAGUUUCGGCGCUUCAGUUAAUCGUUGGGGAUUGAUUGGGAUUUGAUUGAGUUUCAGAAGACGUGAGUAAGGCUAGGUGAAGUUGAGCUGAAGCAGUGACGAAUUUCGGUGGAUUCAGGGGAGGAAGUAGCUGGUGUAAGUGAGUAAUGAUUUCUCUAAUAAGUCGGUAGUUUAGUUUGGUAGCGUGUGUAUUAUAUGAACAUGGAGUAUCCCUUUUCUUCGAAAGUAAAGGCUCGGCCAAGAGCACAGCUGGAUGAGAUAAGUUCAGCUCUGGAAGACCCAAAUAUCAAAUUUGCGGAGCUGAUGAACUUGGAUGCCUAUCCUGGAUGGUGUAAUGGCUCUCCAGCGAUGGACCACUGGCUUGUUUCAAAUGGGUUGUCGCCGUUGCAGCCCUUUCCAUUAGGAUCUUUCGAUUCACUGAAUCUUACUGCAGAACAACCUGGUUAUCUCAGCCCUAGUGUCCAUGCAGCAUCGAAUGGCCAUGGUAUCUCCCACAAUUGUGCAGACAAUGUAACCUGUCAGCAGACUGAUGCAGAAUUGGUAUAUCCAUCGGGAUCGAAUCCGGGGAAUCAACAAGAGAAUUUCAUGGUGGAGGCUAGCUGUAUGGUUUCUCGCCCUCUUGGCUUCUCGCUUGACGAGAAGAUGCUAAAGGCUUUGUCCUUUCUCAGGGAGUUCUCUGGGGAUGGCAUUUUGGCACAAGUAUGGGUUCCGAUAAGGCAGGGGGGUCAAUAUGUGUUGUCAACUUCCGAGCAGCCUUACUUGCUUGAUAAAACCUUAGCAGGGUUUCGUGAGGUCUCUAGAACGUUUACCUUCUCUGCGGAGUUGAAGCCUGGCCUUCCAUUAGGGCUUCCGGGACGUGUAUUCGUCUCUAAAGUUCCAGAAUGGACCUCAAACGUAGUUUAUUACAAUAAGGAAGAGUAUGUGAGGGUGAAGCACGCGGUUGACCAUGAAGUCCGGGGUUCUAUUGCAUUGCCUAUUCUAAAUCCUUCUGGCACGUCCUGUUGUGCUGUUCUGGAACUUGUCACUGUCAAGGAGAAGUCUGAUUUUGAUUCUGAGAUGGAGAACAUUUGCCAUGCACUUCAGGCUGUAGACUUAAGAAGUACUCUACCUCCUCGGCUUCUACCCCAGUGCCUGUCAGAUAACCGAAGAGCCGCUCUUGCUGAAAUAAUGGAUGUCCUACGAGCAGUUUGCCACGCACAUACAUUGCCUCUUGGUCUAACUUGGAUUCCUUGCCAUUAUACUGAGGACGCUGUUGAUGAAAUCAUAAGAGUUCGUGUAAGAGAAGGUAGUAAAUCACGGCCUACUGGGAAAUGUGUUUUGUGCAUAGAGGAUACAGCUUGUUAUGUGAACGACAGGUCGAUGCAAGGGUUUGUGCAUGCUUGUGUGGAGCAUUAUAUUGAGGAAGGCCAAGGCAUAGCUGGGAAAGCACUUCAAUCAAAUCAUCCUUUCUUCAUCCCAGAUGUGAAGGCAUAUGACAUAACCGAGUAUCCGCAUGUCCAUCACAGUCGUAAGUAUGGACUAAAUGCUGCAGUUGCAAUCAGGCUGAGAAGCACAUAUACUGGUGACCACGACUAUAUAUUGGAACUGUUUCUUCCGGUCAACACAACAGGGAGUCAGGAGCAACAACUCUUGUUGAACAGCCUCUCAAACACAAUGCAAAAAGUUUGCAAGAGCUUGAGAACAGUUUCUGAUGCAGAAUUAGCUGCUGGUGAAGGUGAUAGAGUUGGAUAUCACAAGGAAACAUCGGCAGUCUUCCCUCAGAUCUCUAUAUCAGAGAAAAACUCUCAAACCGCAUUAUCAAGUGCAUUUUUGGACACUGCAGGUAUAGUGGAUUGUAAUGCAUCCAGCUCCAGAAUCGAUAGAACAGUAUCAGGCAGUCAGAAUUGUCGGGCUACCACUGGGCCCAGAAAACAGCUGGAGAAGAAAAAGAGCAAUGUAGAGAAGAAUGUGAGUUUAAGUGUUCUUCAGCAAUACUUCUCUGGAAGUCUCAAGGAUGCUGCGAAAAGCAUUGGCGUUUGCCCUACAACACUGAAAAGGAUAUGCAGACACCAUGGAAUAUCAAGAUGGCCAUCCCGCAAGAUCAACAAAGUGAACCGCUCAUUAAAGAAAAUCCAAACUGUGCUUGAUUCAGUUCAAGGAGUAGAAGGUGGAUUCAAAUUCGACCCUUCUAUUGGUGGAUUCACAGCAGGGGGGCCCACACUGGAUGAACUCGACACGGAAACUCCAUUUCACAUUCAUCAUCCAGAACAACUCGCCGAACCUGCUUCUAUUGCCGCAGUCAAAGUCGAGGACGACUUAAUAACCACCACCAUGACACCCUCGAUCGACUGCAGAGAGGAAGAUUCAAAGCCUCGACGAUGCGGUCCCCACGAAAUCACACAACUCGACAAGUCAAGCUCCCAGCAAAGGUCCUGGAGCGACAACAGCUCGUCACAUGGGUCUGAGUCAAUGCAUGGUGGAGGCGGGGGAUGCAGCUCAAGCUCUCAGACCUUCGAGGAAGGGACGAGAAAUGCUGGUGGGAAGAUCUUUACUGUGAAGGCUAGUUACAAAGACGACACGAUCAGGUUCAAGUUCGAUCCUUCUGCAGGGUGUUUCCAUCUGUACGAGGAGGUCGGCAAGAGGUUCAAGCUGCAGAGCGGGACGUUCCAGCUCAAGUAUAUGGACGACGAGGAAGAGUGGGUGCUGCUGACGAGUGAUUCGGACCUGCACGAGUGCUGCGAGAUACUCGAUUACGUAGGGAAAGAGAGCGUGAAGCUCGUCGUUCGAGAUGUGCCCUUUGCAGCUGGGAGUUCCGGUAGCAGUAAUUGCUUUCUGGCGGGAAGCUCGUAGCCGUGGUGUGUGUACAAACAUAGUCAUCUAUGGAUAAAGUAAAAGGCAGGCAAGAUAGAAAAUACCUUGUAUGGUUUUGUUGUUGUACUUUACAUAUUAGCACGCUCGUGUUCAGUUGAAUAGAGGGUAGUUCUGAAUUUGGCAAUAAAUGUCUGUCAGGAGUCAGGACCAUGAUGUUGGAAAUGGAUAUAUGCCAUCAUUUCCUUCUUCACUUUUGGUAUAUCUACUUUGUAGAUGUGUAAGGUUAAAUACUAAUUUCAAUCACCUUACUCGGUCUCGAAAUUGAACUUGAUAUCGAGACAAUUAAAGCAUCAAACCCGGUAUUGCACUAAAAUCUUCAAGUUACGGAGUUUUGACAUAAAAAUUAAAGAGGUUGAAAGAAUCAAAGUUAAAUGGUUUGAUUGAGUAGAAAAUGUUUAGUCGGUUACAUGACUUAGGUACCUAUAACUAAAGGGAUUAUGAUCUACGUGUUAAGUAUUUGACAUUGAUGAACAAAUAUUCGUUUUUUUA